AUGCCGCUGGUCCAGGAGGUCAGGCACCCGAAGUCGCUUGACUUCAGCAAUGAGCGGAAAGCGGUUCUGCUUCGUCACACCGGAUGUACCUGGGAGCACAUCCGUGGGCAGGUGAGAAACCUGCAGGGUGGAAUGCCUUCGGUGUCUCAGCUGCAGCGCCUCUGCAAAGGCUUCAGUCAGCAGCGUGGUCAGCGAGUCUACAAGUACCAGAACUGCGGUCAGAAGCCCACGAAGGCAACCAAGACCGUUGAGAAGUUCCUUGUGCAAAGAUUGCUGGCUCUGCGCCUGCAGUGCACAUGCACGGCUACCACGCUGCAGCGAGAGGUGACAGCAGCCAAAGGGAUCACCCUCGAUGUCUCCACAAUCCGGAAAAUUCUGAACAAGAAUGGCUUUCACUGGUUGCCCAAGGCACAGAAGCGAAAGUACAGCAAGCAGCGGAAGCAGGAGCGACUGGCAUUUGCCAAGGCCGUGGUGCGAUUGACGAAGGCAGAGCUGCGAGAGAAGCUUUCUCUCUCCAUGGAUGGCGUCGUCCUGGCAGUGCCGCCGAAGGAUGCCACGGACAGGGCGAACUACUGCGCCUACGGUGGCGGCCACAUGUGGCGCAAACGGGGGGAAGCUGGCGUGGAGAAGCUGGCGGGCGACGACCCGUACCCGCAGCAGAUCCCACAGGCUCGCAUCGUCCCUUUGUGGGGUGGCCUGUCUGAGGGUGGCUUCAGUGUCAUCACCUUCCACAAGGCACGAAAGCUCACAUCCGCGGAGUGGUGCGGCCUGGUCCACAAGGGCAAGUUGACCGCAGCCAUUCGCGCACUGGAGCCGUGCAAACCGGAUGGCCCGUGGAAGGUUCUGUGUGACAAUGAGUCCUUCUUGCACACGGCUGCGAGCAAGCGUGCGAUGGCAGACGAGGGCAUCGCACUGUGGCGUGUGCCGGCCAAGUCUCCGGACCUCAACCCUGUAGAGCAAAUGUGGGCUUGGCUUCGGCGGCGUCUCCAUGAGAAAGACCGGGAAGACCUCCGUCGAAAGAGGCCUGUUCCAGGCGUGACAGCCUUCAAGGCCCGAGUACGUGCCGUUCUCGCUUCCGAGAGAGCACAGACAGUCGCGGGCAACAUCGCGGCUAGUUUUCGCAAGACUUGUAAAGAAGUCAUUGCCAAGAAGGGGGGCAUGGUCAUGCCGGUGAGCGCCUUGCAGCGGGCGAAGCGUGUCCUCGUCUCCGUGCUGCUGUCUCUUGCAGCAGCCUACGGCCUGGACUUGAAGCUGGCACGGGAGGCGAGUGACGACGAGGUCACCAAGGCCUUUCGCCGGGUAACACGACGUGUGCAUCCAGACAAAGGCGGCGCUGCCGCCGAUGCACAGCGCUUGAACGCUGCAAGGGAUGCUUGGCUCACCGCUACCACGAACUCCAAGGGCAGGGGCCGGCCGGCCCAGGCAAGCCAAGCACCCGCAGCAGCCGCAGCUGCGCUGGCUCCCGCCUGCGACGGCUUUCGUGUACGCUCCGUCGCAGUCCUGCUGACCUACCAGAGCUGGCUCCUGACAGACAGCGCCGCAACCUGGCAGCGUUUCUUGCAGUUCGUGGAAGGGCAAGUGGCCACCUGGAAUGUGCAACACUGGUCGGCGACCAUGGAGCAAAACGCUUCAGGGACCUGCCACCUGCACCUGAUGCUGCAGUUCAGGUCUGCCGUGGACUGUGGGACCAGCCGCUUCUCCUUUGAAGGCACACGCCCCAACGCUAGCCCCCACGACUACCUCGGAGAAGGCUGGUGCCGCAAGAAGCUCCAGCAGUCCAUCAACCGGGGCAUGUUUUACGUGUGGGCAGAGAAGCUCGGAACGGUGCGCCUGGCUGCUGGAGGCCUCUGCGUGGCCGGCAACUACGAGCCAUGCUGGACCAAGGCGGCCAUGACGUACCAGGUGCUGGGUAAGUGGCCCGAAACCUUGUGGAAGCAGCGGAAGCUCUCCACAGAACGGUACGAGGACUACCUCUACCUCACACGCGACGGGGUGCUGGCCCGCAAGCGGAACUUGGACGCAGUGCGCGAGCAUGAGGAAGCAGCCGCAGAGCACGCCGUCAUAGAGGCCAACACCGCCCGGCUACGCUCCAACCCAGAGUUGUACCAGCCGUUCCCUCUGGUUCCAGAAGCCCAAGCGUGGCUCGGCACUUUUAAAGAGGACCGGCUUCGGUACCCGCUCCUGGUAGUCUUGGGUGCCUCACAGACCGGGAAGACAGAGUGGGUCAAGUCCCUUUUCAGGAAGCCAUUGGAACUGAAAGUGGGAAGCCUGCAGGUGUUUCCCGAAGCCAUGCGAAGCUUUGACAGACGGGUGCACGACGGCAUCAUUCUGGAUGAUGUUCGAGACCUUGCAUUCCUGUCUGAACAGCAAGACAAGAUGCAAGGGAAGUAUGAUGCCAGAGUGGAGUUUGCAACUACCCCUGGUGGGACGUGUGCUUACAGCAAGUACCUCUUCGCUGUUCCCAUCGCAGUAACCAUCAACAAGAGCACACGCAACCUAGACUUCCUGGACACACAUGAGGUCAGGCACCCGAAGUCGCUUGACUUCAGCAAUGAGCGGAAAGCGGUUCUGCUUCGUCACACCGGCUGUACCUGGGAGCACAUCCGUGGGCAGGUGAGAAACCUGCAGGGUGGAAUGCCUUCGGUGUCUCAGCUGCAGCGCCUCUGCAAAGGCUUCAGUCAGCAGCGUGGUCAGCGAGUCUACAAGUACCAGAACUGCGGUCAGAAGCCCACGAAGGCAACCAAGACCGUUGAGAAGUUCCUUGUGCAAAGAUUGCUGGCUCUGCGCCUGCAGUGCACAUGCACGGCUACCACGCUGCAGCGAGAGGCACAGAAGCGAAAGUACAGCAAGCAGCGGAAGCAGGAGCGACUGGCAUUUGCCAAGGCCGUGGUGCGAUUGACGAAGGCAGAGCUGCGAGAGAAGCUUUCUCUCUCCAUGGAUGGCGUCGUCCUGGCAGUGCCGCCGAAGGAUGCCACGGACAGGGCGAACUACUGCGCCUACGGUGGCGGCCACAUGUGGCGCAAACGGGGGGAAGCUGGCGUGGAGAAGCUGGCGGGCGACGACCCGUACCCGCAGCAGAUCCCACAGGCUCGCAUCGUCCCUUUGUGGGGUGGCCUGUCUGAGGGUGGCUUCAGUGUCAUCACCUUCCACAAGGCACGAAAGCUCACAUCCGCGGAGUGGUGCGGCCUGGUCCACAAGGGCAAGUUGACCGCAGCCAUUCGCGCACUGGAGCCGUGCAAACCGGAUGGCCCGUGGAAGGUUCUGUGUGACAAUGAGUCCUUCUUGCACACGGCUGCGAGCAAGCGUGCGAUGGCAGACGAGGGCAUCGCACUGUGGCGUGUGCCGGCCAAGUCUCCGGACCUCAACCCUGUAGAGCAAAUGUGGGCUUGGCUUCGGCGGCGUCUCCAUGAGAAAGACCGGGAAGACCUCCGUCGAAAGAGGCCUGUUCCAGGCGUGACAGCCUUCAAGGCCCGAGUACGUGCCGUUCUCGCUUCCGAGAGAGCACAGACAGUCGCGGGCAACAUCGCGGCUAGUUUUCGCAAGACUUGUAAAGAAGUCAUUGCCAAGAAGGGGGGCAUGGCACGGGGCUGA